AUGUCGGAUGCUGCCAAAUUCAGCUUUGGCAAAUUCGACUAUAUAUGCCAGCAUGCCGCCCUCGUCAUCUGCCCCAUGCUGGGCGAUGAGCAGGGGAUAGCCCCGACGUGUUAUGCGAGGAACGUGCAGUUGGGAAAGCAGAUCAUCUUCCAGCCAGCCACCUGUAUAGUGCACAUCGCUGCCCUCAUCAUGACCGGCAUCAUGCUCUACCACGUCCGCUCAAAAUACACCGCCGUCGGUCGAAAAGAGAUCGUCCUCUUCUUCUACAUGUACAUGUUUGUCGAACUUUUCGCCAUUUUCCUUGAUUCCGGCAUCAUCCCUACCGCCAACAAGGUGUAUCCGUGGUUUGCGGCGAUAUAUGCGGGCUGUGUCGCGGCCUUACAUUGGUGUCUGAUUCUGAACGGUUUCGUCGGUUUCCAGCUCUACGAAGACGGUACUCCCAUGUCUCUAUGGUUCCUCCGUAUAUCCUCCCUCGUCGUCGGCGGUGUCUGCUUUGGUAUCGCCAUUGCCACCUUCAAGGGCACUUCCUCCUCCUUCUCGCCCAACAACGCCGUCGGCCUAUUCAUCACCUACCUCGUCUUCCCCCUGAUCUGCAUCCUCGUCUACUUUGUCAGCCAGAUGCUCCUCGUCGUACGCACGCUCGACGACCGAUGGGUCAUCGGAGACUUGCUCUUCAUGGCCGGCUUCUACGUCGCCGGUAUCCUCGUCCUCAUCGCCUUCUCCGUCACCAUCUGCGACGCCAUCUCCCACUACAUCGACGGCGUCUUUUUCUUCACCCUCGCCAUGCUCUUCACCGUCAUGAUGGUCUACAAGUACUGGGACUCCAUCACCAAGGAAGACCUAGAAUUCUCCGUCGGCUCCAAACAGGCCGUUUGGGAAGUCAAGGACCCCCUCCUCGCGCCCAGUGCCGAGUACUAUGAGGACGAUGCCCAGUCGGCGUUCAGGGGUGGUGGAGGAUCGUUGGUGGGGGGAUACAACGGGAAUCAAUACUAUGGCAACGCGCCGUAUGCCAAUGGCCAGGCUCAGCAGGGGCAGUAUGCUCAGCAGCAGUAUGGGUAUGGACAGCAGUACUAG